AGGAGAUCACAUCGGAUCGGAUAGGAACAUGAAUCGUUAUCAACUCUUACUUUUACUCGUCGGAAUCUCAUCAACUUUGGCUCUGCCGAAUUUCGGCAACGAUGAGGAAAGUUCUGAGACGGACUUAAGUGGCAUUGGUUUCGUGAAACUUGGUGAAUCCGCCAGCGAGGAGAGCGACGAGAGUGAUGGCAAGGCCAAUGCCUCCGAUGACCUGAUUUUCCUGAGUAGGAAGAAACCAAAUCCCGCCAAUCAAUCGGUUGAUUUGAGUGGCUUUAUUGCUUUGAUUCCACUGCGUGAAGUGCAGUCCAUAGCUGCCCACUAUUAUCAUCAUGAUGCAGAGUUCCAGAGAGCAUAUGCCUUCCUAGUAAGUCGUGAUUUUGCGGAUAUCAAGCGAAAGAUUCUACAGUUGCCAGAGGUCCUGGAGUUGACCGAUUACCUCAGUGCCCAGGGAUUGGAUGUGGUCAAGGCCAUUCAGUCGGUGGCAGAUGUGUUUAAACCCGAAAUAUUGGAAUCUAUUACAGUCAACGUGCCACCCAAAUCCAUAACGAAUGAGGAGGGCAGCUCUACCACCCGGGAGCCAUUAAGUGGCCUGCAUGGCAUGGUGGACAAUGUCCUGGAGAUCCUGCCGCAGGACCAACUGUGGGCGCUUUUCUUCGAUGAAUUCGAGAGCAACAAACAGUUUGCAGCGGUCGUCGACAGCAUUAGCAGUGCCAAGUUUCCCAAAAUACUGAACGGUCUUCAGAACUCGCUGCCUCUGCGAAAUCUACUAUUUGUCCUGCACAACAAUGGCAUCUAUGUGGAAAGGAUUGUGGAGUCUGUGAAGUCGUAUUUAUCCAUCUCUAGUUUUAAGUAAAAAGGUGCUGAUUUUGUAUGAAAAACAAGAGCUUAUUUAAAUGAUUAAUGUAGGAAAACUACAAGAGACAAGCAGUCUCUUUUGACACCUUUGAUAUCAAAGCAUUUCCAGAUAUCAUUUCUAUAUUUGACUACAGAAAAAAACCAUACAAAAUCUGCCCCUUGUUGAGUGUGUGUAAUAAACAAAGUGA